GUCUUCAACAUCAUGUCUAGGGAACUCAACUCCAGACCCUCUCCAUCCCCCCACGUGUGCCACUGCAUGAAAACAAUCACACGCGUCCCCAUUCCGUUCAUUUCUCCCAUACCUCACUCCUCUUCUUCACCAAAUCCAAAUCUCUCUCCUUAACUCUCUCUACUCAACAAUGGCGGAUCAGUCUCAGAGGCAGCAGUAUGCAAGAGGCAGUAAUAUCAGAUCUUUUGUACAUAAACUGCAAUUGCAUUCCCCAAAUUCAACCCAACUCAUUGGGUUCAUGACCCUUGUCAUCUCCAGUGGCAUUUUGCUUCUGCUUACUGGCAUGACAUUGACUGUUACGGUUCUUGGGCUUAUCUUCUUCAUGCCAUUGAUCCUCAUUUCGAGUCCCAUAUGGGUCCCUGCUGGAACCAUUAUCUUUAUUGUCGUUGCUGGAUUUCUUUCCUUUUUGGGGUUUGGGAUUGCUGCUGUGGUGGUGAUUUCUUGGCUGUACAGGUAUUUCAGGGGGUUCCAUCCGCCCGGUUCCGAUAGAGUCGAUUAUGCCAGAAGCCGAAUUACGAAUACUGCGAGCCACAUGAAGGAUUAUGCCAGAGAGUACGGUGAGUACUGGCAGCAAAAAGCUAAGGAUGCAGCUCCUGGGGCUUGAAUGCUGAGUGAAUCUUUACAAGAUUUUGAACGAUCUUUUUAACAUUUUAUAUUAGCUUUUGUGGUUAUUGUUUUCUUUUCUUGCUUUUCCUGCGGAUUUUAAUGUCUCAAUCGAAUUCCAGGUUUUUAUAUAUAACACCUUCCACUUGCAUCU